UACAAAUGGCUUCUUGAGUGAGUUAAUACGCUGGAGGCGGUUUACUGAAAAUAGCUACACUGCGUCUGUGACGCCAUUAAACAUUUGGACUUAGAAAAGCAGUCUGAGCUUCGCUUCACACAGAGGAAAAAGUUUCCAGGAGAAAAGUGCUGCUCGGGAGGAGGAAAACUGUGGAUUAUUUUGGUUCUGUGGAUGGACAAGGCAGGGUGUUGAUUGUGGAUCCGACAGGUACGGACACAAACCGGACAUAACGUGUGGAGAACGAAGUGACGGGAGGGGAGACAUGACGUCAGGUGUGCGCACGAGACUGGCUGCGAUCAAUUCUCCCGGUCUGUCCAGUGAACGUCUGACGUUACCCGGUGUGAUGGACGCUGAGGGGAGAGUGGACGAGUCCAGACUGAGGACGCAUAUUUUCAAAAACGGUGGUCUGUCGCCCAACGAGCGAGGUCUCGCAUGGCGUUUCCUGUUUGGGAUGUACCCAUGCAGCUCAACCGCUUUAGAGCGCCCCCUCCUGCAGGAGCAGUUGGCAGUGCGGUACCAUGUCAUGAAGAGAAAGUGGCAGCAGUGCCUUCUGUCGGCUGUUCGGAUUCACCUCAACGGCACUGACGCUGAGUUGGUGGCAGCAGUCAGGUAUUUUGACGACAGACAGGCACAGACCCAACAACAGGAUCAGGACUUGGGUGAGGAGGUCAGAGACCGGAUGACCUUCUUGGAGCUCCAGGCACAGAUUUUGUUUGAGCGGUUCACCUUUGACUUGGAGGAGCUGCAGGAAGCCAUACGAAUCAUUGAUAAGGACGUGCCGCGGACUAGCAGAGACCUGGCCUAUUACCUAGGUGAAGGGUCGGGCAAUCUGUUAGUACUGAGGGAUAUCCUUAUCACUUAUGCUGCUUUUCAUCCAGAGGUCAGUUAUACUCAGGGAAUGAAUGACCUGUGUAGUCGCUUUCUGGAGGUCCUUGACUCGGAGGUGGACGCCUUCUGGAGUUUUACUUCUUACAUGAACAAAUUCUCCAAGGACUUCAGGGCUGAUGGCCUUCACAGAAAAAUAGAGUUAGAAGUGGCCCUGCUGAAGGAAUUGGACCCACAACUCUGUGCCCAUUUGAUGACAGACAGCUUGGCGAACUUCACCUUCUGUCACAGAUGGCUGCUGCUGGGUUUUCAGAGGGAGUUUGAUCAUGACGACGCGUUGCGAUUGUUUGAAAUCCUCAGCUGUGACCACCUGGAGCUCAUUUCCCAGCAAGUAGACCGUGCCCGUUAUCAGGAACGACUUUCUGGAAAAUACAGCACAGAGGACAAAUCAGAUUCGGAGCUGCAGGGCAUCAAUACUGAUUUCACCUUUGAGUUCUUCAUCUGUGCAGCCGUCCUGUUAGAGAACCGAGAGGCUCUUCUGCAGUGCCAAAACGACGUGCAGCUCAUACAGUUCACCAGCAGCCUUCAGGGAACACUGGAUCUAAACAGUGUACUGCAAAAAGCAGAGCAACUUUUCUACAACUACUGCAAGCAGUGUGCUUGGGACUACAUGAAGGGUUUUAGUGCACACAAGAGGAAAGAAGUCAACUUUUUUUAUCAGCUCCGGAGUUUAUUUUUAUUAAAGUAAGAAUUCCUGUAUUAUUAGAUACCUGGUAUCACAAAGUUUUUGCAAAGUGUUAUGCAAGUUGUCACAAUUUAAAGUGACAUAUACAUUUAGUUAAACAUAUACAUACUAAAUAUAUGUAUGAAAUGUAUACCAAACUAUUUAGG